AUGAUUAAUCUAGACGGACGGGUCGCAAUCGUGACCGGAGGGGUGCAGGGGAUCGGCCUGGGAGUGAGCCUGAGCCUGGCACGGGCGGGCGCGAACGUGGUGCUGGCCGAGUUGGUGGAGGAGCGUAUUCCGGCGGCCGUCGCCGAGAUCGAAGAGGUAGGCGUUCAGGCGUUGGGUGUCCAGACCGACGUGACCGAUGCGAGUUCGGUGGACCAGAUGGUGUGCGCGACGCUCGAACGGUUCGGUCAGAUCGACAUCCUGGUGAACAAUGCCGGGCUGGUUAUAAAGAAGCACAUCUCGGAACAGACCGAAGCAGAUUACGAUGCGGUGCUCGGCACCAACUUAAAGGGGACGUUCCUUUGCUGCAUGCGAGUGGUGGAGGAGAUGCGCAAGCGCAACACGGGAGCGAUCGUGAACCUCGCGUCACAGGCCGCGUUUCGGUACACCAUUCCCCACGUGCCUAUGCUGCCGCGAAGGCAGGCAUUGUCGCGUUGA